UGUAGGCAGCAGCAGGCAGUCAACAGAACAGAACAGAGACAUUUUGGCUUCUAGCACGCAACGCAAACCCUUCUCGUUUUAUCAAACCCUCCCUGGACCCCAGGCUAUAGCAGGGUUUCUAGGCUAUACUAUAAUAUACCCUCUACCGGUCAUUGUGUUAUUUCUACCUUGUGUGUCUUCUUCCUGCUUGGAGGGAGGAGGGGAGAAAAUAAGGGAGGUGGACUGACAGUCAGACAGAGAGAGAGAGAGAGAGAGAGAGAGAGAGAGAGAGAAAGAGAGAAGAGGAUCUGGAGCUGGAAGACAGACGAUUAACAGAGGAGGAGAGCAGAGCAAACAAGCUUCUUAAACCGGACGGGGCAUUAAAGAGGUGUUGCUACCCCAUCUCCCAGACCCUGUAUUUGGGCCCGUUUUGAGAGGCACUCCGUGCAGGCCGGUGCUAGGCAGGACGCACAAUGGCCGGGGCCUCUGUGAAGGUGGCGGUGCGAGUCCGACCCUUCAACUCCAGAGAGAUUGGGAAGGACAGCAAAUGCAUCAUCCAGAUGUCAGGAAACACAACCACAAUCCUCAACCCCAAGCAGCCCAAAGAGAACAAGAGCUUCAAUUUUGAUUACUCCUACUGGUCCCAUACCUCGCCCGAGGACAUCAACUUCGCUGGCCAGCAGCAGGUGUACAAGGACAUUGGUGAGGAGAUGCUGCUCCAUGCAUUCGAGGGAUACAACGUCUGUAUCUUUGCCUAUGGCCAGACCGGAUCUGGGAAGUCUUACACCAUGAUGGGCAAGCCGGACUUGAAGGACCAGGAAGGCAUCAUCCCUCUGAUGUGUGAAGACCUCUUUACCAAGUUCAACGACAGCAAUAACGACAACACCAAGUCCUACUCUGUGGAGGUGAGCUACAUGGAGAUCUACUGUGAGCGUGUUCGUGACCUCCUGAACCCUAAGAACAAGGGGAACCUGCGCGUCAGGGAACACCCCCUGAUGGGGCCGUACGUAGAGGACCUGUCCAAGCUGGCUGUCACCUCCUACAACGACAUCCAGGACCUCAUGGACUCUGGAAACAAGGCCAGGACGGUGGCGGCCACCAACAUGAACGAGACUAGCAGUCGCUCCCACGCGGUGUUCAACAUCAUCUUCACCCAGAAACGCCUCGACGCUGAGACUGAUAACACCUCGGAGAAGGUCAGCAAAAUCAGCCUGGUGGAUUUGGCCGGCAGCGAGAGGGCCGACUCCACAGGAGCUAAAGGGACCCGGCUCAAGGAAGGAGCGAACAUCAACAAAUCACUGACCACUCUGGGGAAAGUAAUCUCUGCUUUGGCCGAAGUGGAUUCUGCAGGAAAUAAGAACAAGAAGAAGAAGAAAGUGGAGAGUCACAUCCCUUACAGAGACUCUGUGUUGACCUGGCUACUGAGAGAGAAUUUAGGGGGAAACUCUCGUACUGCAAUGGUUGCUGCUCUCAGUCCAGCUGACAUAAACUAUGACGAGACUCUCAGCACACUCAGGUACGCAGACCGAGCCAAACAGAUUCGCUGUAAUGCUGUGAUCAACGAGGACCCGAACAAUCGAUUGGUCCGUGAGCUGAAGGAGGAGGUGGGUCGUCUGAGGGACCUGCUCCUAUCCCAGGGCCUGGGAGACAUCCUUGAGAUGACCAAUGCCAUGACGGGGAUGAGCCCCUCCCCCUCUCUGUCCGCCCUGUCCAGUCGAGCCGGAUCAAUCGCCAGCCUCCACGACCGCAUCAUGUUCAGCCCCGGCAGUGAGGAGGCCAUCGAGAGACUCAAGGAAACAGAGAAGAUCAUUGCUGAGCUCAAUGAGACCUGGGAGGAGAAACUUCGCAGAACAGAAGCCAUCAGAAUGGAAAGAGAGGCCCUGCUGGCGGAGAUGGGCGUGGCCAUGAGGGAAGACGGAGGAACCGUGGGCGUGUUCUCCCCCAAGAAGACUCCUCACCUGGUGAACCUCAACGAGGACCCCCUGAUGUCAGAGUGCCUGCUGUACUACAUCAAAGACGGCAUCACCAAGGUUGGUCGUGUGGACGCCAGCAGCAGACAGGACAUUGUCCUCAGUGGUCACUUCAUCAAGGAUGAACACUGUACCUUCACCUCCACAACGGGACCCAUGGGAGAAGCAGUCACCCUGGAGCCCUGUGAGGGAGCUGAGACCUACGUCAACGGGAAGAGGGUCACAGAGGCUACAGUCCUCAAAUCAGGGAACCGCAUUAUCCUGGGUAAGAGCCAUGUGUUCCGGUUCAACCACCCAGAGCAGGCGCGCCAGGAGCGGGAGAGGACACCCUGCGUUGACACCCCCGUGGAGCCGGUGGAUUGGGCCUUCGCACAGAGAGAACUGCUGGACAAACAGGGCAUCGACAUGAAGCAGGAGAUGGACCAGAGGCUUCAGGAGCUGGAAGAUCAGUAUCGCAAAGAGAGAGAAGAGACACACAACCUCCUGGAGCAGCAGAGGCUGGAUUAUGAGAGCAAGCUGGAAGCCCUUCAGAAACAGGUGGACCGCUACUACCCUGAGGUAGCAGGAGAGGAAGAGGAGGAGCCUGAGGAGGAAGUGCAGUGGACGGAGAGGGAGACGGAGCUGGCCCUGUGGGGUUUCAGGAAAUGGCGCUGUUACCAGUUCACCUCCCUCCGAGACCAGCUGUGGGGAAACGCCAUCUUCCUCAAGGAGGCUAACGCCAUCAGCGUGGAACUCAAGAAGAAGGUCCAGUUCCAGUUUGUGCUGCUGACCGACACCCUGUACUCCCCCCUGCCCACUGACCUGAUGCCCCCUGAGGCAGCAAAGGACAGAGCGACCCGCCCGUUCCCCAGGACCAUCGUAGCUGUGGAGGUACAGGACCAGAAGAACGGGGCCACACACUGCUGGACCCUGGACAAACUCAGGCAGCGUCUGGACCUGAUGAGAGAGAUGUAUGACAGAGCAGCGGAGGUUCCCAACAGCACCAUAGAAGACUGUGAGAACGUCAUGACGGGAGGAGACCCCUUCUACGACCGCUUCCCCUGGUUCCGUCUGGUCGGCAGAGCUUUUGUGUACCUGAGUAACCUGCUGUACCCUGUGCCCCUGGUCCAUCGUGUGGCCAUCGUCAGUGAGAAGGGAGAGGUCAAAGGAUUCCUCAGGGUGGCUGUACAGGCUAUCUCAGCUGAUGAGGAGGCUCCCGACUACGGCUCCGGUGUCCGCCAGUCUGGCACCGCCAAGAUCUCCUUCGAGGACCGGGAGUUUGAGAAGUUCCAGGCUGAGUCGUGCCCCGCUGGUCUGUCCCGUACCGGGGCGUCCCAAGAGGAGCUGCGUUUUGUGGAGGGGGAGGGACAGAACUCAGGGAUGGAGCCCUCAGCCGAUGAGGUCAACAACAACACAUGUGCGGCGAGUCCAGACGAGUUGGAGAGACCCCUGAAGGCCAACCUGGAGGGAGAGUCUCUGGACGGAGCCCUGGAGCACCUGAGGAUAGGUAACGUCUUCACCUUCAGAGUGACGGUCCUCCAGGCCUCCAGCAUCUCUGCAGAGUACGCUGACAUCUUCUGCCAGUUCAAUUUCAUCCACCGCCAUGAUGAGGCCUUUUCCACAGAGCCUCUGAAGAACACAGGGCGAGGCCCUCCUCUGGGCUUCUACCACGUACAGAACAUUGCUGUAGAGGUCACCAAAUCCUUUGUAGAGUACAUCAAGACCCAGCCUGUGGUGUUUGAGGUGUUUGGUCACUACCAGAAACAGCCCUUCCCUGCUCUCUGCAAGGACCUGAUCAGCCCUCUGCGUACUUGCAGGAGGCAGUUCCCCAAAGUCAUGCCCCUGUCCAAACCAGUCCCUGCCACCAAGCUGACUACCCUGAUGCGCCCUACAGCCGGGCCCUGCCACUGCAAGUAUGACCUCAUGGUGUUCUUCGAGAUCUGCGAACUGGAGGCCAAUGGAGAUUACGUCCCAGCAGUAGUGGACCAUAGAGGAGGCAUGCCUUGCCAUGGGACAUUCAUGCUGCACCAGGGUAUCCAGAGGCGCGUCACUGUGACCAUCGUUCAUGAGACAGGUAGAGACAUCAUGUGGAAGGAUGUCCGGGAACUGGUUGUGGGUCGUAUCCGUAACUCUCCCGAGGGGGACGAUGCCAUCAUAGACCCCAACAUCCUGUCACUCAACAUCCUGUCAGCUGGGUAUGUCAGGCCCAUGCAGGAGGACAGACAGUUUCUUGAUUCGGACAUGCCUAGGACAUUCUAUCGCUUCGAGGCUGCCUGGGACAGCGCCAUGCACAACUCCCUCCUCCUGAACCGUGUCACUCCCUACGGAGAGAAGAUCUACAUGACCUUGUCGGCCUACCUAGAGAUGGAGAACUGCACUCAGCCAACAGUCAUAACCAAAGAUUUCUGCAUGGUGUUCUACUCUCGAGACGCUAAACUCCCUGCCUCCCGCUCCAUCCGAAACCUGUUUGGCACAGGAAGCCUGAGGGCAGCGGAGGGUAACCGGGUGACAGGUGUGUACGAGGUCAGCCUAUGUCACCUGGCCGAUCAUGGGAGUCCAGGUAUGCAGAGGAGAAGUCGACGGGUGCUGGACACCUCGGUGGCGUACGUCCGCGGGGAGGAGAACCUGGCUGGGUGGAGACCUCGCAGUGACAGCCUCAUCCUGGACCACCAGUGGGAGCUGGAGAAACUCAGCCUCCUGCAGGAGGUGGAGAAGACUAGACAUCACCUGCUCCUGAGGGACAAGUUAGAGUCCAGCCUGCUGCUGGCUCAGGAUGGGUUGUUGUCCUGUGUGAGUGAAGAGCAGAGUGAAUCCCCUCAGCCCUCUGAGGGCCCCACCCAGGGUCACACCCAGGGCCCCACCGCAGAUGAGAGGCAGCGAGAGCUAGCCAUUAAGUGUCUGCGGCUGCUCUCCCACUCCUUCAACAGAGAGUACAGCCACGUGUGUGUCAGCGCCAGUGAAAGCAAGCUGUCUGAGAUGUCAAUGACUCUGCUGAGGGAGUCGACCUCUGCCACGGCCCUCAACACCCUCACCCCCUCCUCGACAUGCCCCUCACUGGUGGAGGGAUGCUACCCCAAGACUGAAGGACUCAGAACUCCCACGCCUCGUUCCCGCUGCGCCAGCCCCAACCCUAUCUGCUCACAGCGGGACGGAGAGGGCAAGAAGCACCCUGGUCCCAGUGGGGUCGCAGCCCCGGAGGUUAAGCCCGUGGAACGCCGCUUUGUACCAGACAUCCAGGAGAUCCGGGUCAGCCCCAUCGUGUCAAAGAAGGGCUACCUGCAUUUCCUGGAGCCUCACACCAACGGCUGGGUGAAGCGAUAUGUGGUGGUGAGACGGCCGUACGUCUACAUCUACAACACAGAGAGAGACAGCGUGGAGAGAGCCAUCCUCAACCUCUCCUCUGCCCAUGUCGAGUACAGCGAGGACCAGCAGGCCAUGCUUAAGACCCCAAACACGUUUGCUGUGUGUACGGAGCACCGCGGGAUACUGCUCCAAGCCAGCAACGACAAGGAGAUGCACGACUGGCUCUAUGCAUUUAACCCCCUCCUGGCUGGAUCCAUCAGGUCCAAACUCUCCAGAAGAAGAGCUGGACAGAUGAGGAUGUGAAUCAACAACACGUCUUAUAGACAAGACAAUAGAACACAAAGAGACUAACCUGUAUAUAGAUCCCAGAUCCUUCAUUACUCCUUUACUCCUGUGCUGACCCCUGACCCCCUCCUACUCUAGUAACCAACUUGCUCCUCCUCCUCCUUCUGCACACGCCCAGUUUAUCACAAGCUGACCACCAGUGUAUCCAAGGCCCUGAGGCCUCCAUCGUCGUUGUGUGUCCGUCAGGCCUGUACCGCUGUCUGUCCGUGUGAGCCUCACUGUCUGGUUGAACUCCUCUCCAAGGCUGACGCCCAAAUGGCACCAUAUUCCCUGUAUAGCGUGUUGCUUUUGAUCAGAGCCUGGUCAUAGCUACUGUAAGAAGGGCCUAUAGGGCUGGUCAUAGCUACUGUAAGAAGGGCCUAUAGGGCUGGUCAUAGCUACUGUAAAAAGGGCCUAUUGGGCUGGUCAUAGCUACUGUAAGAAGGACCUAGAGGGCUGGUCAUAGCUACUGUAAGAAUGGCCUAUAGGGCUGGUCAUAGCUACUGUAAGAAGGACCUAUAGGGCUGGUCAUAGCUACUGUAAGAAAGGCCUAUAGGGCUGGUCAUAUCUACUGUAAGAAGGGCCUAUAGGGCUGGUCAUAGCUACUGUAAGAAGGGCCCAUUGGACUCUGGUCAAAAAUAGUGCACUACAUAGGGAAUAUGGCACCAUUUGGGACUGAUCCCAAACCUCCUUACUUUACCAGAAAGUUCUGAGCUGAGGGAACGGAGGAAGAGAAGGGAGAGCGGAAGUUACCAGUUCCUUAUUUUAUAGACUUGCAUUAUGAUGUACUGUAUGGUAGUCGCCAGCAACACGUUGAGCUUAUUAUAUAACACAUUUAUUCCUUCAGGAAAAAAUAAAUAAAUAAAGUCAGGAGCGUUUGGUUGACUGGUAAAUCGCUCGGUCUAAAGCUGUUCACAUUACUACAUUACCGCGCCUCAGCUUACCUUACAGGAGAAAACAGAGAUGGAAGUACUACCAUAGAAAUAGGAUCUAGAUUCUAUGAGUACUUACUGACUCCAGAUAUGUGGUCUUUGUCAUAUCGCUGCUCUUAGUGUUACUCUGUACAAUGUUGAAACAAGCAGGUUAGUAUUCAAAGUAAACACAUUUUCACCAAAAUGAGGGUUUCCUCAGUUCUGCUAAAGAAUAAGACUGAAAAAACGACAGUUGACAGUCGUUUGCGUGUAGUAGUGUACCUCGUCUGUCCCUUUCCUCUUUCCCGUACCAUCUCAGCUCUGUUGGACAGGACAGAAUAACCCCCUUAUGAAUCGAAGGACGAUAUCUAACCUCCUUAUUCCUCAUGAUGUGAUCUGAGACGUUAACACACACAGACUGCGUCCUAAAUACCUAUAUGGCGCGUUCAUUUUGAUCAGGGCCCACAGUCUCUUGGAUUAGUGCUCUGGUCAAAAAGUAGUGCACUAUAAAAGGCAAUCGUGUUCCAUUUGGGACGCUCCCGCAGCCUGGCGACGAGAGAGAAGGGUUGGCAUCGAUCACAUUUUCACAUGUUCACACUGGUUUUCUAGUAAAACCACACGAUGGUUCCGCUGCGUCUCACAGUGGCUAUGAGAGUGUUAGCUCUGACUACGUGAAAUAACAUUUUAUGAAAAUCCACCAAAUUUAACCUUUUAUUAAGAUGAGGUUAUAUUUAUAUAUUUAACAACAUUAUUAUUUAUUUAUUUAUGCACUUAUUUAUUUACAAAGACAUUUAUAUUUCUAAUGUAGCUUACAGUGCAAUUUCUGCACACAGCACUUAUUAUGAGUUCCUCAAACUUUUUGAUAACAUGACCUAUGACCUCUGCCCCCUCUCCCCUCCUUACUCUGGAUAGUGAAUAGUGCGACCCCCCCGAUAACAACAUUGAUAGUGGGCCAGCUACCCCCCCGAUAACAACAUUGAUAGAGGGCCAGCUACCCCCACAAUAACAACAUUGAUAGUGGGCCAGCUUCCCCCGAUAACAACAUUGAUAGUGGGCCAGCUUCCCCUGAUAACAACAUUGAUAGUGGGCCAGCUUCCCCCAAUAACAACAUUAAUAGAGGGCCAGCUUCCCCGAUAACAACAUUGAUAGUGGGCCAGCUUCCCCCGAUAACAACAUUGAUAGAGGGCCAGCUUCCCCCAAUAACAACAUUGAUAGUGGGCCAGCUUCCCCCGAUAACAACAUUGAUAGAGGGCCAGCUUCCCCCGAUAACAACAUUGAUAGAGGGCCAGCUUCCCCCAAUAACAACAUUGAUAGAGGGCCAGCUUCCCCCGAUAACAACAUUGAUAGAGGGCCAGCUUCGACUGUAUGUGCUGUAGCAGAUAUACAUUACUAUAAUUAAACCAUCAUCAUCAUCACAUAGAUAGAUUUCUGUACCUGAUCUGCAAUCUCACUUUGCUCAUGCCACAAUAUUUUUGAUCAGCUAGAGACAUUGUGAAUAUAAUGGUAGUGACAAUAAAAUAAACUAAUAAUGAUAAUUCCUUCUAAUUCAAACCCAAUAUGAGAAACAGACAGAACGGUCCUUACAUUGUGAAUAGAAUCGUGUAAAUGAAAACAAGCUCCGUUUUUCUAGCACACUGGGGAUAAGAUUUAAAAAACGGGGUUUCUGAAGAAGGAUUUGCACUAGGAAACAUGGUCCCUGAUCAAAAGUAGUGCACUACAUAGUGAAUAGGGUGCCAUUUGGGAUUUCGCCAUCAUCAGGCUGUUUGUCCAGCUUAAUCAUAAUCUCUUCCUGCAGGCUAAUAUACAUACUAUCUGUUUGGAGAUUAAUAUCAGUGUAUGCAUUUUAAUUUUAUCAUUCACUUAAAGCCAGUGACAAUGAGUUGGUAUAUGGCAUUUCUAAACAUAUUAUCGACUAAUGGUAUAGAGAUCAUCAGAUACCUACCCUGUACCAAUGGGUCAGAGACCUGUUGGGUCUGGUUGAUUUCCCCAAAGUUUGUCUUGUUCGAUUGAUUCAAUCAGAAAAAACAAAUAGUCACUGAAAUCUCACAUACAGUCCUGUAGAAUGUAAAUUAUUAAUAUAUGAAGCAUCUACCCUGACACUAUCGUAUCCUAACGUCUACUUUACCAUCACCCUGACACUAUCGUAACCUAACAUCUACUUUACCAUCUACCCUGACACUAUCGUAUCCUAACGUCUACUUUACCAUCUACCCUGACACUAUCGUAUCCUAACAUCUACUUUUCCAUCUACCCUGACACUAUCGUAUCCUAACAUCUACUUUACCAUCUACCCUGACACUAUCGUAUCCUAACAUCUACUUUACCAUCUACCCUGACACUAUCGUAUCCUAACAUCUACUUUACCAUCUACCCUGACACUAUCGUAUCCUAACAUCUACUUUACCAUCUACCCUGACACUAUCGUAUCCUAACAUCUACUUUACCAUCUACCCUGACACUAUCGUAUCCUAACAUCUACUUUACCAUCUACCCUGACACUAUCGUAUCCUAACGUCUACUUUACCAUCACCCUGACACUAUCGUAUCCUAACAUCUACUUUACCAUCUACCCUGACACUAUCGUAUCCCUAACAUCUACUUUACCAUCUACCCUGACACUAUCGUAUCCUAACAUCUACUUUACCAUCUACCCUGACACUAUCGUAUCCUAACAUCUACUUUACCAUCUACCCUGACACUAUCGUAUCCUAACAUCUACUUUACCAUCUACCCUGACACUAUCGUAUCCUAACAUCUACUUUACCAUCUACCCUGACACUAUCGUAUCCUAACAUCUACUUUACCAUCUACCCUGACACUAUCGUAUCCUAACAUCUACUUUACCAUCUACCCUGACACUAUCGUAUCCUAACAUCUACUUUACCAUCACCCUGACACUAUCGUAUCCUAACAUCUACUUUACCAUCACCCUGACACUAUCGUAUCCUAACGUCAACUUUACCAUCACCCUGACACUAUCGUAUCCUAACAUCUACUUUACCAUCACCCUGACACUAUCGUAUCCUAACAUCUACUUUACCAUCUACCCUGACACUAUCGUAUCCUAACAUCUACUUUACCAUCACCCUGACACUAUCGUAUCCUAACAUCUACUUUACCAUCUACCCUGACACUAUCGUAUCCUAACAUCUACUUUACCAUCACCCUGACACUAUCGUAUCCUAACAUCUACUUUACCAUCUACCCUGACACUAUCGUAUCCUAACAUCUACUUUACCAUCUACCCUGACACUAUCGUAUCCUAACGUCUACUUUACCAUCACCCUGACACUAUCGUAUCCUAACAUCUACUUUACCAUCACCCUGACACUAUCGUAUCCUAACAUCUACUUUACCAUCUACCCUGACACUAUCGUAUCCUAACAUCUACUUUACCAUCACCCUGACACUAUCGUAUCCUAACAUCUACUUUACCAUCACCCUGACACUAUCGUAUCCUAACAUCUACUUUACCAUCACCCUGACACUAUCGUAUCCUAACAUCUACUUUACCAUCUACCCUGACACUAUCGUAUCCUAACAUCUACUUUACCAUCUACCCUGACACUAUCGUAUCCUAACAUCUACUUUACCAUCUACCCUGACACUAUCGUAUCCUAACAUCUACUUUACCAUCUACCCUGACACUAUCGUAUCCUAACAUCUACUUUACCAUCUACCCUGACACUAUCGUAUCCUAACAUCUACUUUACCAUCUACCCUGACACUAUCGUAUCCUAACAUCUACUUUACCAUCUACCCUGACACUAUCGUAUCCUAACAUCUACUUUACCAUCUACCCUGACACUAUCGUAUCCUAACAUCUACUUUACCAUCUACCCUGACACUAUCGUAUCCUAACAUCUACUUUACCAUCUACCCUGACACUAUCGUAUCCUAACAUCUACUUUACCAUCUACCCUGACACUAUCGUAUCCUAACAUCUACUUUACCAUCUACCCUGACACUAUCGUAUCCUAACGUCUACUUUACCAUCACCCUGACACUAUCGUAUCCUAACAUCUACUUUACCAUCUACCCUGACACUAUCGUAUCCUAACAUCUACUUUACUAUCUACCCUGACACUAUCGUAUCCUAACAUCUACUUUGCCAUCACCCUGACACUAUCGUAUCCUAACAUCUACUUUACCAUCUACCCUGACACUAUCGUAUCCUAACAUCUACUUUACCAUCUACCCUGACACUAUCGUAUCCUAACAUCUACUUUACCAUCUACCCUGACACUAUCGUAUCCUAACAUCUACUUUACCAUCUACCCUGACACUAUCGUAUCCUAACAUCUACUUUACCAUCUACCCUGACACUAUCGUAUCCUAACAUCUACUUUACCAUCACCCUGACACUAUCGUAUCCUAACAGCCUUCACAAAGCAGCUUUUGGAUUUAUAACCCAUUGUCUUAAUAACUGGUGGUUUUUCUUUAGCUCUGUCAAACUGCACAUUAAAGCAUUUUUCUAUUUUAUUUUUCUUCAUGUUAUUUUGCAUUGUAUAUAAACAAACAUGAUUGCUGUGAAUUAUGUUGUAUUAUGCAGCUGUAACAUGUUUUAAACACCAUCUUAAAUGGGUAGUAGGUAAAUCAAUGUCUCUAUUUGGAGUGUUGGAGUUAAGCGUCAAAUGUUUGUGUACACUAAACACAUUGUCAGAUAUUAAAUAAAUGUGGAAAAUGAUGCAACACUA